AGGUUGGUUUGCCCGCCUUCGUUAAGCCUGCGGCAGGGUCUGUUGUCUUUGGUGUGAGCAAAGUGAAGAGUCUGGAGGACUUGUAUCUCGCGCUGCUGGACCUCAAGGCAAUGGCAGAUAAAAAUCCCUACUUCAUACCAGCACCUGGUGCCGCAUUCUUUAGGGAUUUCUUUGAGCGGUACCUGGACGUGGAAAAGUACCCGCUCGCCCUGCGUGAUGUCGCCAUCGUAGAACCGUAUCUGGAUGCUGUGGCCGCAUUUACAGUUGACGGGUGCGUUGUGGACAAGAGGGUCGUGCAUUGGCCGAUAACUGACCAGACCCGUUUCGAUGAUCUGGACGCCAAGUUUACCACCUGCAUCUCUCCGAGCUCUGAACCGGAGGACGUGCAGGCGCGCAUGUAUGCGGUGUAUGACGGCGUCAUGGACAGGAUGAUUCGGUUGGGCUUCAACCACGGCUUCACCAACAUCGAGGUGUUCAAGAUGAAGGACGGACUGUUGAAGAUAUGUGAAGUGAAUGCACGGGGAUCGAAGCAACUCUCUAUCAUCUACAAGGCGAGCCACACCAACGUUACCCAGGACUAUGUGUACCUGACUGCUGGCCUCGGUAUCCGACCAGUCCUCCCUACGGAAACAGGGAGGUAUGGGAUAUCGUACCCUGUCCGGUUCCGCGUUCUGGACAGGCCGGGCAACUUGGUUGACUUUGACCAGAUCGAAAAGCUGAAGCAGGAUCCUGACGUCGCCUUCAGACUCACGGUGGCUGGUCCUGACGAUGACGUCACCAGUUUCGCCGGCAGCGCGGGAAAUCACUUCGUCUACCUGCACACUUACGGCGACACGCGGGAAGCCAUGAUCAGGAAGCUGGCUGACGCCAUAAAACUCCUCGUCAAGAAGCCAGAGUUACUGACUUACCCAAUACAUUAUGUGAUAUGAGAGUUAUCUCCAAGCAGAUGUACCCUCCUUGAUAAGACCAAUGCUUAUGUCAUUUAUAGUAGCCCUUUAAUGUGUGCCUUAAUUGAGAACACAUUUUCAGUCCUACUACUACUGUUACCAAUUACUAAUGCUAUUAACAAACGUUAUUGAUAUCAACUAUCCUACUUGAAAGAAAUGAAACAUGCUUUGAUACCUGUAUCAUUGUUACUUUUUGUCAAGUAUACAGAACCUGUAUUAUGUGUUUUCAUGCAAUAACCUUUCUUGUGAUAAAACCAUUUCUUGAGUUUAACAACACUUUCAAGAGUUACUCUAAGUUGGAAGUGGGAUCAGAUAACAAGUUUUUAGUCACCUUCCUAGUUAAGACGUCAAUAACUUAUGGAUCAUGCUAUAAAAAGUAUUGUCUGAAGACAACUACAUGAAUCAAUGAAGAAUCAUUUGCUGUUGCACAACCAUAGAUUUACUUUCGUGGUUCUUGGCGGCUCCCGUAGCAAUAAGUAACAAAAUGAUCCUAGAAGCACUAGCUAUACAGUCGCAGUACUACAUGCAUACCAACUUGACUCUGGGGUUUGUUAUUAGCAACUAGCUCUUUUCAUGGUAUGUUUUUAAACAAGAAAGCUUCUGAAAAAAGCUGGCUGGUGCGUAUUUUGGAAAAAGCCUGGAUGUUAAACAAAAUCACACGAAAAAAGAGUUUUUAAACAUCGAAUUACUGAAUUGGUCUUUCUUCUAUUAAAAAACACUACAUGAGAUUUGUCUAACAAAGAAAAAAAAUUAGCAAAUGGGGAACGAUCCUACAAUCUACCGAAGAAAGGUCCCGUGGUUUAGACCGCUCGGCCAUAGUGGCUCGAUUACGCAAUUGCACGUAUAGAAGGGCUAUUUGGUUAAAGUGAUUGAUACCAUGAUUGUAGCGAGGAUACAGCAGGGGGAAGUCUUCCAGUUUUUUCUGGGCGUUCGCUAAAAAGACCAUCGAAAAUCGUCAACUUUGAUUUAUUUCACUGCGGAUCAAUGGAUUGACUUGAAAUUCCAAGCAAAAAGAUGAGAUUCGUGCAGCGCGGACUUCUCCAGAGUGGGCGUUUGUGGGCAUUCGCUAAGACUGUAGAAUGUACUUCCAAUUGCCACUUCCUGGUUUACUCGAGGUCAUGCCAGGGUCGCGCCACAUCUUAGAAAUCAGAAUUUGGACUCCUCGUCUGAAUCUAUUCGCACUGGAAGCUUUAUUCUAAACAAACGAAAAAGCAAGUAGUUAAUCGUACGAUUUAGAAAAUCUCAUUGUAUAAACAGAAUAGGAUGCAAAAUACUAGUAAAUGUGAUUUAGAAUAUAACGUCUGCGUGAAUAUACAUAGACUAAAGACCAAGUAUCAGCAGCCACAGUUAUUAUAGUGCUUUGGAAAGUGUUAGCUUUAGUGUAGGAGGAGUACACCAACACUAGCCUGUGUUUACACAAUAUCUCGCUGGCUGGGGUUAAUGACCCC